AACUGUGGAUAGUGACCAACUGCUCUCGUGUAUAAAAUGCUGCAAUGAUCAGGGAGAAGUUUCCAGAAAGUCUCUCUGUGGGGCAGCUGCCUGCUUGUCUCUGUGUGACAGACACACAGCACAGGAGGGGGAUGUAUUUCUGUAACUAUUGUUCAGUAAAGUAUUUUGUCACUUUAACUUGCCAUCAAUGCUCCAGUAUCUGAGACUGAGAUAUUGAUACAGGACUCACGUCAAAGUGUCAGAUAGAAAGUGUAGUCACCAUGACAACCACCAGCACUUGCUGCUCACACUCACACUGGGGAUCCCGGUGCACACAUCAGCACUGAACAACAAUCCGUCCCCUCUCCCCUCACUGACCCUUCUCUCCGAGUCCUGCUGCUGUUUGAAGCGAUUCCAGCUGCAGCAGACUCGGGCUUCAGAUCAGCAUUGAGCUGGGAGCAGGACCCGGGACAGGGAAGAACAGGGAAUCAAUGGGUGUGAAUGGGAGAGGGAUGGUGGGACUGAUGGGACGGGAAGACCCGACCUACUUGACCUGCCAACCUGUCCGGAUCGGGCCCCGCGCAGACGUCCACUGCGCUGCUUCUCUCCGCAGCCUGAACCUGCACCACCUCCUGCAGACUGACAGAGAGAUUCACUUCCCGGGCCGCUCUCGGGAGUCUCCGGGAGGUUUCAUUCCAUCCCGGGAGAUCCCCGGACAGUCGGGUGUGGGGGCGAACCUAAUGUUGAAAUGUAGAGUCGAAUAUCCAAACUUCACUGCAAUUUACUGCUGUACACGACAUUUUAUUUUAUAAAGAUCUCAUGAGUUUUGGUGCGGCAUUUAUGGAAUAUGUUACAUUUGAAACGCGGAUGAGAAUAACUAAUACUGAAAGGAGUUAUCUUCUAACUCACUGAUACAGAUUUAUAUAAUGGGAGGUACACGCUUUACCGCUCCAGCACAGAUCACAAUGAACUUCACCUCGUUUGUUAUUGGCCGUAUCACUAUUCCACUGCUCGGUGGACCUGGACAUCUCGUCGCCUUCAACAACAGCAGAAAGUAAUAGCAUCUGCCGGACUCUCUCAGCCCAUCAAUGUCAACCGGACCUACUUCCGGAAUCGAUUGAUGACCUCAGUGAAACACUUCAAUGGCAUGGAUUUCAAUGUAAGGAUUGUUCCGAUUUUUUUUCAAGAUGCCGGACUUUACACAUGUUCAAUGGAAGCACUUCAACUUCCAACCAUUGAUCUAAUCACAGUAAAAGGUAGGAGACAUAAUGUUGGCAGUGUUUUUACUGAUGAACUCAAUGUUUAAAAUCUAAACAACCUGCUUGUUUCCACAGUCACAGCUGAACCGUCUGAUGCAAUGACUGAGGGAGACAACGUUACACUGACCUGCUCUGUGUCUCACAUCAAUGAAUCAAUAAGACUGGUUUGGAUCAAUGGCGAUGGCAAAAGUGUUGGAGAAAAUACGCUGACUGGGAAAGAAAAAUCAUAUAGUUUGGUUAUUCAGAAAGUUGAGAGAGGCAGAGGGAACUGGAUAUGUGGUUUGUUUCAUCAAGACCUGCCCCGGAUUUUUGUCCCGUAUUAUCAGGAGCCACGUGGUAAGUGACUCAGGGUUUGCUCUUCAUACUUCAUCAUGAUUGAGUUUUGAUGCCCUGAAAUUUGAAAGUGGAAUAUGGUCUUCUGGUUUGUGAGUGGUCUAACUCUAUAAUGACCAAUUAAUUCUCAAAUUUCAAAUAAAACAUCCCGAACCCCAUUUCUCCCCCCACUUCAUUGUGCACACAUUUAUCUCACCACCAAACUACCCUAUUCCCUCCCCCUUCCUCUUUCCACAUCCCCCUUCCAAUUGCACAAUUUUGCUUUCAUGUUCUUGCUCCACUUCCACCAAUAUCCUUCCCUCUUUUAUGGAUCUGACAACCUUCGGUUUCCAUUUCACCCCUCGCGUUUGUCAUUAUCUCCAUCCAUCUACUCAUCACCAUUUCCCACCUGUAUCCACCUAUCACUCAUCAUGCUUUGCCUCAUGCCUACUUCCCUUCCCCAGCUUUCACUCUCCCAUUCCAUGUCUGAAAAAGGGGCGUGACACGAAAUAUCAUCGAUCCAUUCCCUCCACAGAUUCUGCCUGACUGAUUUUCUCCAGCACUCCAGCAUUUGAUCAACAUUCCAUAAUCUGCAUUUUCUUGUGUCUGCGUGGAAGGAUACCCACUGGUCUGCGUUGACAGAUUACUACAGAGUACCUGUUUCUAUGCUGUUCCAGGUUAUGAAUUAUAAUGUACUAUUUAAUAAAGAUUCUUUUCUUUUCCAACAGGAUGUGGAGAUUCUAUUUACUUUUUCCACCAGGAAGGCAACUUUGUAAUGAAAGGACCAGACAGUCCUGGAAAUGGCCCCAUUGACUUGGAAUGGAGGCCACACUCAGGGCAACAAACCACAAAGCAAUUGGCCACUUUUCACAGAGAAGAUCAGCGGUGGGCUGUACAAUGGAGUGAUGAGUACAAUCAAAUACCAGGCAUUUCCCAGAGCAUGCGUGUGGACUGGGGUACCCUUAAUCUGAGGAUCAGGAAGCCCACCUUUGAACUUGCAGGACUAUUCACCUGGACUCAAACAGAGCCCGCUGGGAAAACCCUGAGACAGUGGGAACUAUUUGGGAUCAAAGUUGAGGCAGACUCACCGAGGCCAGUAAUAGGCAGCGACAUCAUCCUCAGCUGUACCAUCUCCAGACACCCAGAUACCGUCAGUCUUCACUGGAAACCAAGAGGCUUAUUUCAGGCAAACAGGAGGAACAACACUGAUCAGAUCCAUCUGAAUAACACCGUCUAUCUGAUGGUCCAACACGUCGGAGCAGGAAGUCCCAAUCUGUACACGUGGGAAGUGCAGGAAAAUGGCUCCAUUGUUCUAACUGGAGACACCAAUGUUGAAGUGGAUCAGGAUUUACACAACAAGACGUACACAGUUUAUCGCUCAGUCACGGGUCACAGCGAACUCGUCCUGAUUUGUGAAGCUUCUCCUCAGCUCAGUGAAACCAAAUGGACUUGGAGAUCACGUUUCCAGAAUAAAGAGAAGUCUACUCUCAGGUCUGAGCUGAUCCAUGUCAACAGGAGCUACUUUGGGAAUCGUCUGGAAACCACAGAGGGAAAUGUGAAUGACAAGAAUCUCCAUGUGAGGAUUGUCCCCAUGCAGUUCGAAGAUGCUGGAGUUUACACAUGUUCCACGGGAUCAAAUAAAUAUGUGACCAUUGAACUAAUCACAGUUACAGUCACAACUGAACCAUCUGGUGCAGUAACUGAGGGAAGAAACAUUGCACUGACCUGCUCUGUGUCUCAUGUCACUGAGCCAAUUAGACUGGUUUGGAUCAACGAUGAAGGCAAAGUUGUAGAGGAGAAAAAUCUCAUGCAAACAAAGCAGGAGGACAAUUUUUUGCAGCUGAUUAUUGCAAAAGUUGAUGGAGUAAGAAGGAACUGGACAUGUGUUUUGUUUCAUCAAAGCACACCCAAGGUUUUCAUUCCAUAUUAUCUGCAGUUUAAAAAGAAUUACACCAUUAUAUUCACCAUUGUUGUAAUUAUCGGGAGUCUGGCUGUUCUCCUCAUCAUUAUACUGGCAGUGGUGUUCUGUCAAAGAAAACGCAAGCCUACAGCUUUAGGCAAUCAAAGUCAGAAAGCUCCACGAUCAAAAAGAAAAACAGAAGGCGAAUCUCACCUUUAUGGCAACCCUGAUGAAAUUCAGCAGAUGGCAGAAAUUAAUGAGACCCCAGUACCUGAGAUGAGCCGUGUUGCUGAAUAUAUGUCUGUGAGUAGGAAGACAAAGCAAGAAGAUGCAGAGGAAGAUAUUCAUUAUGGAUCCAUCUCCUUCCAGCCAAAAGCAUCUGGUGGCAGCAGCGAUAAUCAAGCAUCAGACACUAACCUUGUUGCUUCAAAGGAAGAUGAGGCAUCUGUCAUCUAUGCUCAAAUAACAAACACAAAAACAUGAAUACUCUGAAGAGAGUGGAAAUUUAUGACUUGGACUUUGACAAGUGCAAAGUUGCAAUUUUUGGAAUCGAUUUUUUUACUUAAUAAUUUCUACAUACUUUCACGAAUGUACUUCCCCAGAGUUAACAAAAUCAUCACAUUCAUCAUAACUUCUAAAUAGUAACUUACAAAGAAGAAUCACUUCUUUGAAUACAAUUUCAGCUUUUCUUUUUUGCUUCUGCAGAUGUUCUGUAAAACUGGACAGAGCAAGAUCAGAUAAACAAUGUACAAGGAUUGCAAGAAGGCAGAUUGGAAGGUUGGGCAUUAAUCACUGGCAUGCAUGAGGUUGAUCCAAGUGUCUGAUAACAGUGGGGAAGAUGCUAUUCUUGAAUCUGGUGUAUGGACUUUCAAGCUUUUGUAUCUUGAGCAUAAGAGCAGCGUGGCGAUAAGAGAAUAACAGAGGUAUAGGUGGUCCUUGAUUAUGUUGCCAGCUUUGCCAAGCCAGUAUGAAGUAUAGAUAGAGUCAAUGGGGGUGAGGCUGUUUUGUGUGGUGGAAUGGGCUGCGUUCAUAACUCUCUGCAAUCUCAGUCAUCAUCAUUGCUCAUUAGGAUGCUGUACGACUUGGAGGGGGUCCUGCAGUUGGUGAAGAUAUCACCCAGUGUGGCUAAAACCCUUGUUGUUUGAUGCUGUAAGUUUGGAAGAUGCUGCCACAGUGGCUCUACUGAGUAAAUACAAUGCAUUUUGAAGAUGGAGCCCAUGAUGUAUUACCAAACACACUAUUUGGGGAAUAAUAAGAAUUUACAGGCAGAAGAUAAAAGGAGUGGGUUCUAUAAGAUGGAGCAUGGACCAGAAUGGAUCUUAAUGAGGAACAGGAUCCAUAACUAAUUUGAAAGCUUAGAAAGUGAUUAUGUUUAACUUAAAAAUCAACGGGAGAAUAUACCAGUUCCCACAUUUAGGUGUCAAUUUCAGAUGUAAAAAAGCAUUUUCUUGUGCAAGAUAAUACUCCUCACAACUGCAGUGGGCCAUUACUCUUAAUAUCUUAUGACUUGGAUCAUGCCCUGUGUCUCCUCUUUCUUGUAUAGUGAACUUCUGUAUGCUUGUCACAAACAACAUUUUGCAGCAGAAGUGAAAAUUGGCUCACACCAACUGAUCCUUCCUGUUUUGUGCAGAUGCUUGAUUAGUAGCCUCCACUGUUUUAUGUUUGCUCUGAUAACUUAAAAUAAAACUUCUGCUAUCAGAAUACAUUGAAGGGAAUUCUGGGCAGUUCUAUUUGUGUAAUAUUGAAAACAUAAUUUGAAAUCAGAAAGUUAAGAAGUGCUGACAUUUCUUUUUAAAAGAUUGAAGGGGUAAUGAAUAGUAACAAUGGCAACAUGUAGUUGUGAGAGUCAUUAGAGGGAGAUGCCAAAACUGUAGCAGAUGGUUAUUACCCCAGGUAAGUGAAAUGCCAGAAAAUGUGGACAAGUCCUGGUUAGACCCCAGUUGUAAGAUGAUGUGCCAUUCUGGGCAACACAACCUGCCAAGGGGCACAAGGAACUACAGAUGCAGAAAUCUUGCGUAGAACAAAAAGUGCUGGGACUCAGUGGAUUAGGCAAACUCUCUGGAGGACAUGGAUAGGCAACAUUUUGGGAUCCAAAAUGCAAAGUCAUGACAUGAAACAUUGCCUCUCCAUAACCUACAGUGAUGCAGCCUGACCCACUGAGAUACUUCAGCACUUUGUGUUCUAUAACCAGAAAGCAUCUGUAUUGUUUAUGACCAAUGAUGACCAGAUUCAUCAGUAUAUUAUUGGGACCAUAGUAAAAUUAUGAGGAGUGAUCAUACCAACUCGUAUUCAAUUCCCAGGAACAUAAAAGCCAAGGGAGCGAAUUGAUUCACAGAAUAUCAAGUAAAUCUGCUGAUGGGUGCCAUAUCCAGGAUUUCUGCUGCCUGUCGGAGCUUUGUGUCGGAGGCCACAGAGACUCCAUGACUGAUCUUAGAACAGGUGAAUCAUUUGUGGUCUGCAUCAUCUGUCACAGUUAAUACUGAAAGAAUAACGGUCUGUGAUUUAGAUUCAGUUCCACCAAUUGUGGCUCCAGCAAAAGCAGAAGCUGUAUUGCCUUGAGCUCCUGUUUUAAACCCAUUGCCUUGUUAUAUGCUGUAUAUUGAUUUAUUGUGUUGUUGCAUUCAUUUACUGAAGACCAGCAAGUAAGAAGUUAAUUGUUAUGCAUUUGGUGCAUGUGACAAUUAAGCACUUGAUAUUUCAUCUGAACUCGGAUUACACCAAUCACAUCCUACGGUCUUCACCAGUUUCCUGGUGGUAGCUCAAUAAUGCAAUGUGAGUGUCAUAUUGCAAUGUUCCUGCUCUUUCAAACCAGCUCAUGGACACAAGAUGGGGAGUGGGGGAGAGAGAGAGGGAGGGAGCAAAACACAGAGAGACACAGUGUGAGUCGGUAGGAGAAUGACUAACCUGCACACCAGGAAGAAGCCUCUUCUUGCGGUCCAGGGCCCUCACUCAUGAUGGUGAGCUUAAUGAAAUUCUCAACGUGUCAUCGAUCUACAUUCCUCAGUAAAUGUCAUUGUGUUUUAAACAAGUAUUAAUGACGCCGCGUGAAUUUUAUUCAAAGGCACAUGGCGUCAUUAAUACUUGUUCAAAACACAAUAACAUUUACUGAGGAAUGCGGAUGGAUGCAAAUUGAUGACAUUGCAUAACAAGGUGUUAACUACUUGCUGUUAAGAAGUGCUAACAGUACCAGUUAACAAAUCGUUUGUGUCUGAUGGCCGUGCAGCGGUUGUUAUACAUGUUCGUUUAAAAAGAAUCCGGAUGGCGAAUUAAAAAAAUUCUUUAUUUAACAAAGAGAAUUCGUAUUUCCAUACGAAAUACGGAACAUUAGUGCGGGGCCCCGCUUAGGCGUGGGGCCCAAUUGUGAGCAAUCGGUCAAAUCGGCAUAAGGCCAGCCCUGCUUGGAGCAGCUACACAGUUCCAUUCCCUUGAUCAGGGAAUCUUCAGGUGAGGAACAAAGGUUAGAACAAGGUAAAGUUUCUGAAGAACAGUCUGGACCCAAAACGUCACCUAUUCUUUUUUCUUCAGACAUGCUCCCUGACCCACUCCAGUUACUCCAGUUUUUUGUAGUUUAACAAUUUGCUUUUGCUCAGCGUUUUAAUUACUUCAAAGAUUCUCUGAUUUUAUGCAUGUUGUUUUCUUUAAAAUUCUUAAUCAUUUUAUUUUGAAUUGUUUAUUUCAUUGUAAUAAAUACUUGUGAAUGCCGAGGUUAUUCAAAGCAUUGAGAAGCCGGAUUUAUAUGAUCUGUAACUCUUCCUCCUGACACUCCAAUGCCCCUUUAAUCAAAAGGAAAACCAUCACAGGUGUGCUUAAUCCUGCUUGAGGUAAUAUAACCUCCUCACUGACCCCUGGGAAUCUCUGGUCCAUGACUGCUUCAAAAAAAGAACAAGCAUUUGGCAUUGUAUUGGGGCACUCUAAUCCACACAUUGGAAACAGACAACAUUCUGCUUAAGCAGUGGGAGGAGAACACCACCUCACAAUCUACCCAUUGACCUGCCCGCCUUGUCGGGCACUUCCUGCCCCAUCCAUGGAAAGGUCUAUGGUUCCAACAUUGGCGUAAGCGGCUACCUCAGAAUUCGCAUAACUGGAAUGGACGCAAGUCUCGCUUAAUCAUAAGGGAGUUCCUGAGAAGAAGAGAAUUGAACAGCACAGUGCCGCAGCUGGUAGUAUCACUGCCGCACAGCAUCAGUGACUCAGGCUCAAUCCUGACCCCCAGACACUGUCAGUGUGGAGUUUAUGCACACCCCCACAUCCCAAAGACAUACAGGUCAAUGGGUUCAAUGAUCAUUGCAGAUUGCCACUAGUUUGUUGCUGAUUGGUGAAAUAUAGGGGGGAAUUGACCCCCU